CUUUUUCCAGCCUGUUUCUGCGAUACAUAUACUGGCAACCCGCGACCUUCGUUUUGAGGAUUCCGUCAAAACAGAGUCCCGAAAAACAGAAGUUCUUCGCUCUGCCUUCGUCCUCUCAACCUCUUCCCAAGAUUGAUAACUGGAUCUUGAUGAAUUCAAGAAGCACUGUGGCAUCCGUCGUUUCCUGUAAAUCGGGAAACAAGAACGACUUUAUUUUCUGGAUUUUGGUCUUCUUACUGUCAAAGUUCUUCACGACUCCCACUGCAUCCUUAAAUUUCCUUUUGAUAAAGGGCAUUGAUAGGACUCCGCUAGCCUUACGCUACUUGGGGCCCUUUGAGCUUCACCCUUUGAAGCACACUUGAUAUCGGGCCGUCUGCAUCCCUCGUUCACCAUCUCCAUCCCUCAGUCUAUAUUUGGCAGCAUGGUUUCUUCUCAAUUACCUGGUCUUACCAAAACUCGCUUGUGUAACUCCUUCCAAAACCAGCUAUUAUCAAUGAGCAUUCCUGACGUUCCCUCAAAUGAUGUUGAGUUAGACUUCUCUGACGUGUUCGGUCCUUUACCAACUCAGGUCUCAAUUGACGUUAGUAUUGAGGACCCUGAAUUUGCCGGGCCUAUAGCAGAUGUAACUGAGCUUUUGUACGAUGAUCCAGUGGUCAUUUGCAACCGAUCACAUUCUUUGGUUGGUCCCUCUGCUUGUGUCAGUCAUUCUUUGAAACUGAGCAUGCUCACAAUACAUGAGACAGUGGACUCAAUUGGAAAUGUAGAGAGUAUCAGUCAUGAGACAGUCAAAGAAAUCAAGGAACUCUCUGUUGGUGAUUUUGUUCUUCAGGGAUCACUCAAGGGUUCUGAUGACAAUUACAGUAGGACCCAGGGUGUGGGCCUUGAAGAUUUUGAGGUUAUGAAGGUUGUUGGUCAGGGUGCAUUUGGAAAAGUAUUUCAGGUUAGAAAGAAGGGUACAUCUGAAGUAUAUGCAAUGAAAGUCAUGAGGAAGGAUAAGAUAAUGGAGAAGAAUCAUGCUGAGUACAUGAAAGCAGAGAGGGAUAUUUUGACAAAGAUAGAACAUCCCUUUGUUGUCCAGCUCAGAUACUCAUUCCAAACCAAAUAUAGACUUUAUCUUGUGCUGGAUUUUGUGAAUGGGGGACACCUAUUUUUUCAGCUCUACCACCACGGACUAUUUAGAGAGGAUCUGGCACGUAUAUAUACAGCAGAGAUUGCAUUGGCGGUGUCCCACCUUCAUGCUAAUGGCAUCAUGCAUAGGGAUCUGAAACCUGAAAAUAUCCUACUGGAUGCGGAUGGCCAUGCCAUGUUGACUGACUUUGGCCUGGCCAAGCAAUUUGACGACAAUAAAAGAUCGAACUCCAUGUGUGGGACCAUAGAAUAUAUGUCACCUGAAAUUGUUCUUGGGAAGGGGCAUGAUAAAGCUGCAGACUGGUGGAGCGUUGGAAUUUUAUUGUUUGAGAUGCUCACGGGGAAGCCUCCAUUUAUUGGUGGGAAUCGUCAGAAAAUUCAACAAAAAAUAGUGAAAGACAAAAUCAAGCUCCCAGCAUUUCUGUCGAGUGAUGCACAUUCCCUGUUGAAAGGGCUGCUACAAAAAGAUCCAAGCAAGCGCCUAGGCAAUGGACCCCAGGGGAGCGAUGAUGUAAAGCACCAUAAGUGGUUCAAACCGAUAAACUGGAAGAAAUUGGAAGCCAGGGAAAUCCAUCCUAAUUUUUGUCCUGAAGUUGCUGGGAAUCACUGCAUCGCCAACUUUGAUAAGCGCUGGACCGACAUGCCACUUCAGGAUUCUCCAGCUUCCAGCCCAAACACCAACAGUAACCUGUUCCAGGGCUUUACUUAUGUGAGGCCUGCUGCCUCCUUUCUUCAGAGGAAUGGUCCAGGUUUCUAACUUGGAUCGUACAAGCUUAGGCUUUGUAGAAAGGAUUGUAUUGCCUUUCUUUGGUACUCUUGUAGUUGAGAUUAUCUAUUUAGGACCUCCGUGAGAGUAAAUGUUGCUCUUCAUAUGGGUAGUGUUGCAAGACUAGGUAAAUUUGGUUGUUGGCAGUUACCCAUCUUCUGGUGUUGCUCUCCAUAAAUUAUACCAGUUGUUUCUUUAUAUUGAUCAUUUCAAUAUUUGACUUGAUUACAAGGUUUUAUCUUAUUAUGUCAGUUGUUUCUUUUUAAACA